AUAUAUUGUUAUACGUUAAGUUUUCCAUGUAAUUUUUAAUGUUUUUACUGAACGUUAAUUGAAAAUAAUACAAGAAAAAAUUCAUUAUCAUGGAUGAUACAGUAGAGGCUCAGAAAUGGCAGCAGCAUCUUGCUCUCCUACGAGAGCAAUAUGUGAAUCUAUAUAAUAAUUAUACAGAAUUGCAGCAGAAAUAUACUUUAGCGACUGCUUCAAUAGAUGAUCAUGAAAGUUUUGCAGGGCGCUUACUAUCCCAAAUAGCCCAAUUAUAUGGAGAAAAACGUUACAGCGACAUUACCAUUGAAUUAACAAAUAAAAAUGUACCCGUGCAUAAAUUUGUUCUCGCAGCAAGAAGUGAUUCUUGGAGCUCUCUUGCAGAAAAGUCUGUUCUUGAUUGGAAGCACUUGGAUGAAAGUAUUGCCUCGGUUCUACUGAAAUGGAUCUAUACGGAUAGCGUCAGCGAGGACAAACUCUCUUUGGAGCUCAUGAAAGCGGCGUCAAGUUUUGGCUUGACGGAGCUAAUGGAAAGAUGCGAAAAGUAUCUAAUGGGAAACGUACAGCUACAGGACUGCGUCAAAUUGUACACCAUCGCGGAGGAGUUGGGAACCAAGAAAUUACGAGAUCAUUGCAGUUCAUUGAUAUCUUGUCACUGGGACGAUCUGAGCGGCGAGGACUUCAAAGAAAUGCCGGGUCCUCUGCUCUAUCAACUUCUUAAGGCCAAGAGCGACUAUCCGUUGCACUCGGCGGUCCGUUUGCAGCGCGAAGACGUCGUCUUCUUGUACUUGGUCGAACACAAUGCCGAGCUUCCAGACGCGGUCAACAGACUGGACAAUCGGGGCGAGACGGCCCUCGAGGUCGCCCUGAAGAGCCGCCAGCCGUCGCUGGCUCGUACCCUGGUGGAGCAUCGGGCCGACCUCUGGGCCAGGGACGCCGAGGGCCGCAGCCUGCUGCACUCGGCCAUCAGCAAGAGCGACUCGUACGCGGCCGAGUUCAUCGUCGAGCAGCUGCAGAACUGCGGCCAGCAGCUCGACCGGCCGCACCCGCGCGACGCCUCGACGGCACUGCACCUGCUGGCCCGGCAUCGGGCCCAGGACAUGCUCGCCGUGGCCACGAGACUGAUCAAGGCCGGACUCGAGCCCAACGCCCAGAACAACGACGGAUGGAGUCCACUGCACUGCUGCGUCGCGGAGCGCAACGAGCCCAUGCUGGACGUGCUGCUGAGCUGCGACUCGCUCCAGGUCGAUCUGCGAACGCGCCAGGGCGACACGGCGCUGUGCCAGGCCCUGCUGGCCGAGCCCUGCUUCGAGAGCGCCGCGGCCAAGCUGCUGGCCAAGGGCGCCGCGCCCAAUCCGCGCUAUCCCGGCGACGAGGCCGUGAGCCUCCUCCACAAGCUGGCGCGCGAGGGUCGCGAAGACGCCGCGCUCUUCCUUCUCGAGUCGCUGAAGCGCGAGGACAAGCGGCUCAAGGACACCGAGAGCCUGGAGGCACGGGAUCGCGAGGGCUUCACGGUGCUGCACGAGGCGGCGCGCUCCGAUCUGCCGCGGCUGUGCGAACGACUGCUCGAGCUCGCCCCGGGCCUGCUGCAGAGCCGCACCCUCCAGGAGGAGACGGCCUUGCAUCUGGCGGUGAGCCGGGGCUGCCUGCGCAGCCUCGAGGCGCUUUUGGCCGCCGAGCCCGAGCCCCAGCGACGCAAGCAGCUCACCAGCUGCAAGGACAGGCGCGGCGAGACUCCCCUGAGCCUGGCGGUGCUCGCCGAGUCCCGGGACAAGGAGAUACUGCGGGUGCUGAUCGAGGCGGGGGCCGACAUCGAGCAGAGGAACGACGAGGGCUACACGGCCCUGCACACGUCCAUCAACUCCGAGAACUCGGACUACGCCAUAUUCCUGAUCGAGAACGGAGCCGAUCUCAAUUCGCCAACGUCGAGCGGUGAAACUCCGAUGCAGAUGAGCGUGCACUGCCGCCUGGCCGACGUCGUCGAGGCUCUCUGUCGUCGGGGCGCCGACGUCAACGCCGGCUGUCCGCUCUGGGACGCGCUCGACUCCGGCCAGGAGCAGGUCGCGGCGACCCUGAUCGCCCACGGCGCCGAUCCGGACUGCUGGCGGCCGGGCCACGACGGCGGCUGCCAGCAGACCCUCCUGCACAAGGCCAUCGACGAGAACUGCGAGGACUACGCCAUCUUCCUGAUCAAGAGCGGCUGCGACCUCAACUCGCCGCGUCGGCCGCCCGCCAACGGCGAGGAGGGCGGCGAGGAGGCCCGAGACGAGUGCACGCCCCUGCACCUGUGCUGCCAGUGGGGCCUCGAGCAGGUCGUCCAGACCCUCAUCGAGCACGGCGCCAACGUGAAUAGCCGCGACGCCGAGGGCAAGACCCCGCUGCAUCUCGCCAUCGAGAACCAGAACGACCAGAUCAUCUCGCUGCUGCUGUUCCAUCCCAACAUCAAUCUGUCGCUGCGCGACAAGAAGGGCCUGUCGCCGUUCGCCACGGCCCUGGUGAUGCGCAACAACAGCGCCGCCCGGGCGAUCCUCGAGAAGCUGCCCUCGGCCGCCGAGCAGUUCGACAACAAGGGCCGCAACUUCCUGCACACGGCCAUACAGAAGAACGACAUGGAGAGCAUCCUGUUUCUGCUGUCGAUACGCGUCAACGUCAAUUCCAAGGUGCAGGACCUGACGGGCACGCCGCCCCUCAGUCUGGCCGCCGUCACCGGCAACGAGGUGCUGGUGCGCAGUCUGCUGCUCGCCGGCGCCAUGAUCAACGACACGGACGCGCACAGGAACACGGCCCUGCACGCCGCCUCCAAGGCCGGACACGCCAACGUCGUGUCCGCUUUGCUGCAGAACAACAUCAACUUCGACGCGGUGAACGCCGACGGCGACAACGCACUGCACGUGGCCGUGCGCGAGGGCCACGUCUCGGUGGUCCGAGCUCUGCUCACCGAGUGCACCCUGAACGCCGAGGCCGUCAAUCUCAAGGGGCGCAAUCCGCUGCACGAGCUAGCUCGCUGCGGCCGCGACAACACGGCCACCAACAUUUGCGAGCUGUUCUUCGAGUGCAUGCCCGAUUAUCCGCUCAAUAACGCCGAUCUCGAUGGAAACACGCCGCUUCUCAUCGCUUACAUGAAGGGCAACGGCAAUCUGUGCCGUACCCUCGUUAAAUUCCGGGCGAUGCUGGGCUACAUGAACAAAGACGGCAUAACGAUAUUCAAUUAUCAAGUGGCGACGAAGCAACUGCUGCACAGGCUGUUGGAGUCGUUGACCCAGGAACCGCCGUGGGCCGAGAAAGAUCUGUGCCUCGAGUGCGGCACCAAGUUUUCCUUGACCAUGAGGAGACACCACUGUCGCCACUGCGGUCGAGUCCUCUGCAGCAAAUGCUCGGGCCAAGACGUGCCCAUCAUCAAAUUUGGCCAGAACAAACCGGUGCGAGUCUGCGCCGUGUGCUUCGACGUUCUUCAAAUCGGUGCUGACUGAAUUUCUCGUUAAAUUUACUAUUUACCAUUAUAUAUUAUAUUGAGAAUUUUUAUACCUAUUUUAUAGUAUAUGAGAAACAUUUUAUCUAUAAGUGUAGAAAAGAUUGCACUUGUGCGAAAAUAAAUCAUUCCAGAGUUGAGUUGAAACUUGACUAUGCAGA